ACUACCCCGUUUGAUGUGCAUUUUGAAUGGGUAUUAAGCUGGCCGCUGUUCAUGGACUACCCUACACGAUGCAAUGAUGUGCAACAGUUGUCCCUUGAUUUGUGUGUCUUGCGCAGUGCACAGCGCUGUGUCUACUGCUGUGGCAUCAAUGAAUGAAUGAAUCAAGUCGAGGCUCGACAAUCGCAUCGAUUUUCCAAGGCAGUCAGUUUUGGACUCAGUUACAAUCAAGGCGGCGGCAAGUUUAGACGGCUUUUCCAUUGCUGAUGAGGGCAUAAAAUUUGCAUAGCUUGCUAGUUUUUUUUUAGUUCUUUUUUUUCUGCGAACUAUUUGCAUAAGUAUGUCUUGGAAAUUUGUUGAACGACCAAAGCCUGGCACCGAAACAGCCUUGGAGGCCUGUGACUAUUUCGUCGAUGAGGUCAUCGAGACAACGGGAGGAAGGGAUGCCCGCGAGGAAGUGCGACAGAUAAAGCACAAUGAACUGCGUGCCGCAGUCAGCGCUGGAGAUGAGCGCACUGUUCGCGUGCUCCUCGAGGCUUUGGGCAGGGAGCGCCAGAUUAUUGUCAAUAUGGCACCAUCGGGCGCAAAUACGCUGCUUUUUAUUGCCAGUCAAUCGGGUUUUGAGAGCAUCACGCAGAGACUGAUCGAUGCCGGCGCCGAUGGACGUUCGCAUGCGGUUACCAAAUAUUCACCGCUCUAUGUUGCGGUGCAUAAUGGACAUUAUGGGAUUGCCAAGUUGAUGCUGGAACGCUUCCCGGAGCUGAUACAACAGGCGACAGUGGAGCGUUGGUUGCCGUUGCAUGCUGCGUGCAUAAAUGGGCAUAUCCGGCUUCUGGAACUGAUUAUUGGCUAUGCAUAUCCCGAGUAUCUCUAUCAGACAUAUCGCGACGAGGAGGGUCAAUGGGAGUGGCGACUGCCCUACGAUGCGAAUGCUCAGGAUGUGACAGGUCAGACGAGCCUCUACAUUGCCAGUUUGUUGGGCAACAAACAGUUACUCGGCGUGCUCCUGAAAUGGCAAAUCAGAUGCCGGCGAACGAUGGGCGAGGAUGGUGGCGGCGGGGAUGCUGGCCCAGUUGGUAGUAGCAGCUGCUCCAUAACGGGUGGCCAGAGCACGCCCAUAACACCGACAAGGAAACGUAUCUCGUUUGGCAUACAGGCCAUCAUGUCCCGGCUGCACAUCUCCGGCGAGGGUGAUGCGCUUGAGGCAACGCUGCAGGAUCAGGAAUCGUAUCGCUGUCCCAUUCAUAUCAAUUUGCUGUGUGGUGCGGCAAGGGAAACAGCUUUGCUGGCUGCCGUUCGUGGUGGGCAUUUGGAUGUGGCUCAAGCGCUGUUGCAGCAUGGCGCCAAUCCCAAUAUUGUGGCGAAGCCGGUCGAGGAUCACAACGAUCCCAAGUGCAGCGAAGAGAUCUAUGGCCUGAGCAAUGUGCCCAUUGCGGAGGCAUGCAAGCAGCACUCGUUGGCCAUGGUGGAUCUGCUGCUUAAGUUUGGGGCGAGAGAUGACAACGGCAGCGCCAUCUGUGUGGCCAUUGCUAGCGAGGAUGAGGCACUAUUGAGUCGCCUGUUGGCGCGACGCGUCCAUCCCGACUCCGAUUAUAAGAUUAAUAAGAAGGGUCUGCCCACGCCCGUCGAGGUGAAUGUGUUUCUGCCCUCGGCCAGUAAUAUUUCGUAUAGCGCCAUGUUUCCCAAUGUGCCGACCAUCAUCGAUUGGCACAGUCUCAGCAUGAAUGUCCAGUUGUCCUUUGUGCGCAUCGGCUGGCUGGUCAGUGGUGUUCUACAGCUCAAUCCCAAGCUAACAACUCAUCCGCGGCUCAGCGAGAUCGCUUUAACGGCCAUCACACGCAUCGAUUUCUCGCACAACGUACUCACCAGCAUUCCGCCGGAACUGUUUCAACUGGUUAGCCUCAAAUAUCUCAACAUAGCACAGAACAAAAUCGCUGAGUUGCCGUCGCCGCUGGGCAAAACCUACAGUUGUCCCGUGCUGGACGAACUCUUCCUGCAGGAUAAUCAGUUGACAUCGUUGCCGGCAGCAAUCUUCCAGUUGCCCGCCCUAUCCAUAUUGGAUAUAUCCAAUAAUAAGCUGCAACAAUUGCCCUUCGAUAUGUGGCGUGCGCCGAAGCUGCGUGAAUUGAAUGUUGCUUUCAAUUUGCUGAGGGAACUGCCAGUGCCACCGAUGCAAACCAGCGGAUCUCUGCUCAGUCUGGACAAGUUGCAGCUGCUGCAAUCCUGCGAUGAACCCUCAUCCAACAAACCGCAUACGCUCUGCCAACAGACUUUGACCCAUCGAAAUCUGUGGUCCACAGCGUUGGAUAUAACGGAUAAUGAUAUGAAAUGGCAGCAGGAUCAGGAGCAGGAACAAGCAUUGGCGGAUGGCAAGAAGCCGCCACAUGGUGCCUCCCAGUUGAGCAGCCUGAAUAUUGCCAACAAUCUAUUUACCUCGAUUCCGGCUGCUUUGCCCUGUCUCGCUGUGAAUCUGACACGCCUGAAUAUGUCGUAUAACAGUCUGCGUUCCAUGGGACAUGUGACCAGUUAUCCAGCGACGCUGAAGCAAUUGGAUUUGAGCCACAAUGAGAUCUCGUGUUGGCCCAGUUUGCCGCGCAUCACCGAAUCCGAUCCGAAUCUAUUGUGCUAUAGUCACGUCCAGCUGCCGGACGGAUCGGAUGAACCCAUAUAUAAGACAACAACAAAGGGCAGCAGUUGCUCCUUUCGCGCUUCGGUGCUGAAGAGUGUCUGCCGCCAUCGUCGCCAUUUGCGUUUGGAGGCGUUGCGUACCCUAAUCCUUGCUGAUAAUCUGUUGACACGCAUUCAGUUGUCCACUGAUGAUGCGACGACGCUGUUCAAUGAGAGCGAGGAUGCCGAUUGGAAUGUUGUCGGCGUCAACAAGUCCAAGGUCAUCUUUCCUAACCUCUCCAUGCUGGACAUGACCAAUAAUUGCCUCAAAGAGAUACCAGCCUCGCUGCACGAACUCUCCAGCUUGUCCGUGCUGAAUAUCAGUGGAAAUGUUCAGAUCUCCGAAUUGCCACCACACUUGGGCCUUCUCUCGCGACUUUGGAAUCUGAAUACGAGGGGUUGUCUAUUGCAGGAGCCGCUGCGCUCCAUGAUCGAGAGCAAGAAGCACAAAACGAUGGAUAUUGUCGGUUAUCUCAAGUCCAUCUAUGAGGAUGCACAGCCCUAUGCGCGAAUGAAACUAAUGGUGGUGGGUUCCUGUGGCAUAGGUAAGACCACACUGCUGGAUCUGCUGCGUCAGGGCGUGGGCAACAAUUCAAGCAGCGCCAGUUCACAGCGAUCCCAUCGCGCCAAUGAGAAUCAUUGGGCCAAGCGGAUGGGACAUGCACGGAGCACUUCAAGAUCGCACCGGCAAGCGAAUAUCUCGACGGUUGGCGUCGAUAUUGGCACCUGGAUCUGUGAGAAACGCAAGCGGGCGACGGGCUGCCAGGCGAUCGUGUUUCGCACUUGGGAUUUCGGCGGACAGAAGGAGUAUUAUGCCACCCAUCAGUAUUUUCUGUCGAAGCGCAGUCUGUAUCUGGUGCUUUGGAAGAUAAGUGAUGGUCACAAGGGUUUGGCUGAGCUGCUCCAAUGGCUGGGCAAUAUUCAGGCGCGUGCGCCCAAUUCACCGGUGCUGAUUGUGGGCACACAUUUUGAUACUGUCGGUGAGUCCAUCUCGGCCCAGCAGGCAGAGCAACUGCAACAAUUGAUACGCGAGAAAUUUAUUGCAAUUCCUGAUGCGGAGAAGAUUGGAUUACCGCGCGUCAUUGACUCCAUUGAGAUUAGCUGCCGCACGCUGCACAACAUCCAUUUGCUGGCCAACAUCAUCUAUGAUACGGCAAUGCAGUUGCGUUCGCCUGGCUCCAAGGAUCCUUUGCUGCUGCAAAAGAUCCCGGCCAGCUAUAUUGCCCUGGAGGACAUUGUGAAUGUGAUUGCUUGCAAUUUGCGUGCCGCUGGUCGUGAUCCCGUCCUGGAUGCGGAACAGUAUCGUUGCCUGGUAACGGAACAGAUGCGUUUGCAUAACUAUAAGAGUUUCCGGGAUGCUGCCGAGCUGCAGCAGGCGACAACGUGGUGUCACGAGAAUGGCAUCCUGCUGCACUAUGAUGAUGCCACAUUGAGGGAUUACUAUUUUCUCGAUCCGCAGUGGUUGUGCGAUAUGUUGGCCCAUGUGGUCACGGUGCGCGAAAUAAAUCCGUUUGCCCCAACCGGUAUCAUGAAGCUGGAUGAUCUCCAGCUGCUAUUCCGCAGUGUGCAUGCUCAGGGCAAUGGGAAUCGCAGCUACAUUGUCAGUUUGUUAAACAAGUUUGAAGUGGCUUUGACGUGGGAUUCGCGCACACUCUUGAUACCCUCAUUGCUGCCUCUGCAGGAGGCAGCUGUUUACAAUGAUGGUACUACAGUUAAAUUGCUGCAACGCGUUCGCGGACGUAAUCACAAUCUGGGCUGUUCCGUCUCGCAGGAGCUGAAUUUGAAUAAGCUCAUCUACGAGCAGCACUCGCCACGCACCGCCUCGUCUACGUCAGUGGCGGCCAGUCAGGGUUUGCGCCGCAUGCUGCUGAUGACAUAUUUUCCCUCGGGUUUCUGGUCGCGCCUGAUUACACGUGUCCUCGCCGACGAACAGAUUAUCGAGGCCAUUCGAGCGAUUUAUGUUGCCGCACAGGAUAAAUAUCUCGACUUUGAUUUGCGUGGCUCACUUGAGCAGGACACCCAGUGGAAUCUGUGGCAGACUGGUCUGGCCUUGUACUAUGGACCCAUAUUGAUAUUUCGCAUCUGGGAAGUGCCUUACCAGAGCACGGAGCGUACACAGCCCUUUCGCACGGCCAGCAAUCGCUUCAAGCUCAAAUUGGACGGCAUUUGGAGUGAUGUCAAUCUGAAUUCGUCGAGUAUUCUGGAGGUUUACUUUCCAUUGUAUCAUGUGACCAUUGCCCAAGAGCUGGACGCUGGGGAACGACAACUGUUGGCGGAGCUGCAGCCGAGCAUGUCACAGGUGGCCAAACUAUUAGCUUUGGUCGUGGAUCAUAUUGAUCUGCUGCUAGAGGAUUGGUAUCCAGCGCUGGGCACCCGUUUCGUGCACACCUCGGAGGGCAGGUUCCUCAUUACGCGACUGGUGUUGUGUCCGCGCUGUCUGCGCAAGCUGCAGCUACAAAACGGAGCCGAACCGCUGGAACGAGAGCCCACCAUGAGUGGCAAUCGUCCCAGUCGGAGUGGCAAACGUGGUCCGUUCUUUUUGCAUGGAGCUGGCGAACCGGGUGAUGAUGGUGCUUUGAAUGUCUUCUCUGCAUAUCUAAAUGCCACUGCUAGCAGGGAGCGAAGAUCAGCUGACUCUUUGGGCGCCGGUUCGGAUGCGGAUUCGGGCGUCGGUCCCGACUCGGCGUUCUCUUCGAGAAACACCUCUGUGGAUGGCCAUCCAGCGUAUGCACCCCAUCAUCUGCCAGAUAACUCAAAUGUCUGCUACGCGUGGAUGGUCGAGGAGUGCAUUUUAUCGGUGUACAAUCAAAGCAAACUGAGUUGUCCCGUACAUCUGGAGCAGUCGAUGGCUCAGCUGGCGCCAGAUGUCAUCUUUGCCGAUAUACCCGAUAAGCACACAAUUGCCACGGAGUGCAUCAUAAAGGGUUCGCUGUUGGGUCGCGGUGCCUUUGGCUUUGUCUUCAAGGCCAGCUGCAAGUUGCGUGGAGCACGCGCUUUUCGUCCGGUCGCCAUGAAAAUGUUGCAGCCAGUGCCGCCAGGUGCGCGGGCCAAAGAGAGUGCCUUGAUGGCCUAUAAGGUGGCGCUGGGCAAAUGGGAUCGCGAUCCGUUGCAGCAUUCGUGCAAAGCGUACUGCACCGCCAGACAGGAGCUGGCCGUGCUGCUGACACUGAAGCACCCGAAUAUUGUGCCCCUAGUGGGUAUUUGCAUUAAACCACUAGCCUUGGUGCUGGAGUUGGCUCCGCUAGGCGGACUCGACGCUCUUUUGCGACAAUAUCGACGCAGUGGGGCACACAUGGGUCCGCAUACGUUCCAAAUGCUGGUGCUGCAGGCCGCACGUGCUAUAGAGUAUCUGCAUCGCCGUCGGAUCAUUUAUCGCGAUUUGAAAUCGGAGAAUGUGCUCGUUUGGGAGCUGCCGCAACCGCACAGUGAGGAUUGUCCGCGCAAUCAGGUGCACAUCAAGAUCGCCGAUUAUGGCAUCAGUCGUCAGACUGCGGCUGGAUUGAGCGCCAAAGGAUUUGGCGGCACCGAAGGUUUUAUGGCACCGGAAAUUAUACGCUUUAACGGUGAGGAGGAAUACACGGAAAAGGUAGAUUGCUUUUCGUUUGGCAUGUUCAUCUAUGAGAACAUUAGCCUGCGUCAGCCCUUUGAGGGUCACGAGUCGAUCAAGGAGUGUAUACUCGAAGGCAGCCGUCCGGCGCUAACGCAACGUGAAACUCAAUUCCCAACCUGUUGUCUGGAUCUAAUGGUGCUCUGUUGGCACGAGCAGCCACGACGUAGACCAUCAGCUAGCCAAAUUGUCUCCAUACUUAGUGCACCCGAGUGUAUUCAUCUCUUGGAUGUGGUUGCGCUGCCGCAUAGCGAUAAGAUUGUUUGUGGCGCCUUUCAAUUGCUUAUGGGUGGUUUGGAAGAGGAGCGCGCCGGGCUGGAAUUGUGGCUACCUGCGUUUGGUUCGCGCAUUGAUAUUUUGGAUGUAUCGCCAACGGGCAGUUUGUUGCAGUGCAGCAGCAUCAGUUGUGCACCACAGCCACAGAUGGGUGCAACACCCAAGACGCCGGAGAAUAGCGCCACCGUUCGUGCCCGUUCCGCUCAGCGUAUACCCAAGGUGAAUAUGCUGUGCUGUUGUCUUGUCGGCGAGGCCAUCUGGAUGGGCGAUGUGUCUGGCAAUCUGCACGCAUAUAGCACCGCAAGCUAUGCGCAUCUGUUCUCCUAUAUGCUCGAUCCUGCCAUUAAGUCAGCUGUGAUAAGUCUAGUCCAUAUGGAGGGCAUUGCACGCGUUGCUGUCGGUCUGCACAAUGGUCGUGUGUUUCUCGUGGAUGCCGAUCGUGUGCCCAGCAACUGUGCCUUUGCCGAAGGCUCAUUUGUGCUCACCGAAAUCUGUUCCGGUUUUGUGCUGCACGCCGCCUGCUCUGUAUGCCUUGAGGGCAACUAUGAACUUUGGUGCGGUGAAUUGGCUGGUAAAAUUAAUGUUUUUCCGCUGAACGAGUCGGGUGUGUGUGGACACCAGGCCUUGUGCCACAGCGAGGAGCCUAAUCUGAUUGAGGAUGUGAAAGUGGUGCGCUUGUGCAGCAAUGAUAGCCAUGUCUUUAGCUGUCUCUAUCCCGGCUGUAUGGUCUACCAAUGGGGCGCAACAUCAAAGCGCAUUGAAAACAAACUGGAUUGCUCCAAAUUGCUGCCCUGCUCUGAGUCGCUGCAGAGCAUUGCCAUUGAUGAGCAUGUUAAUCUGAUCAAGUGUCAAAUCUCUGCCUUGGCGGCACACAACACGGAACUAUACAUUGGCACCACCUGGGGUUGUCUCAUUGUCGCCGAGCUGCAAACGCUGCGUCCCGUUAGCGUUUUUCGACCAUAUGAGAAUGAGAUCAAGGCUAUCAUAACCAUGCCCAAUGCCAGUGUACCACUAAUUGCCACAUUGGGGCGUCGAUAUCGUUCACUGAUCACACGGUAUGUGGACAUGGGUGAAAGCACAUCACAUACGUCCAACUCUGUGGCAAGUACACCGACGCACGGGGCAGCCAAAUCUGUGCCACCAGUUGAUGUGGAUAAUCACAUACAUUGCCUGCUGUGGCGAGCCAAGCACUGGACCUAAGACCGAUCUCAAACUAAAUACAACUACCUAAUACUGUUAAAAUAUUUAUUAAUCCACUAAAUGCUAAAACACAACAACAAGUAGCCACUUUUUUGAAUAUUAGUUUGUUGAACGAAUCACGCUGGGAUGAUUUUGGUGGCACAUUCACUGCACAUAAAAACUAUUAAUACUUAAGCUAAUCGCAAUUGUUGAGGUCACUAAUAAUAUUUCAAGAGAUUUAUUUUAAAUAUU